UCCGUCCCCCAGUCCAACAUGGCGCCCAGCCUGGUGGAGCAUGUCGUUGCUGAUGCGGGAGCUUUUCUCAAGAAAGCGCCUCUUCAGGAGAUUGGUAAAAACAUCUACACUCUGAAGGAUGUCGUGGAGGAGAUCAGGGACAAACCCACGAGGAGGAGUUUGGCCUUUCUGCCGUACGAGCUGAAGUUUAAAGAGCCACUGCCUGAACACAUUCGGACAGUGACGGAGUUUUCCAAAAAGACUGGAGACUAUGCGAGUUUGUCUGCCACAGAUAUCAAAGUCUUGGCUCUGACGUAUCAGCUUGAGCUCGAACACGUGGGCUUCCAACACCUGAAGAAAGAGCCCGAAAUCAAGGUCAAUAUUCAGAGCACAAAACGUCACCCAGAGACACCAGUCAAUGUUGCAGGGUUUCACUUUCCAUCAAAGAAACCCAACAGUUCCAAAACGACCCCUUCUCACACUCGGACAAACUCGUGUUCAGAGCCACAGACGGAGGCGGAACAGACUGAAGAAUUCAACAGUUUUAAUUUCUGGAGAGAACCGCUGCCUUCACUUAAUGACGACUUGCUCAGUUUACUGGAACCAGUAGCAGAGGAUACAACAGAGACCAAACCAGAGAAGCCUCCGACAGAAAAACAGACACAAUCUCAAAAUAAACCCUCGACAACGACGACUAAAAACGGUGAAGAGUUCAACAGUUUUUACUUUUGGAGAGAACCACCGCCUUCAUUUGACGAGGACCUGCUCAGUUUACUGUCGGACAGUGGUGUAUCUGAGUCUAAACAGGACUCUGCUGUAAGUGAAGACUCAGACGAAGACAAAGAGAAUGAGCCAGAAGAGGAAGAAGAAGAAGAGGAGGAGGAGGAUGACGAUGGAGGAGGCUGGAUCACUCCUAGUAACAUCAAACAGGUCAAAAUGGACACUGGGAACUGGGGCGAACCUGAAGACGUCACAGUGGGUUGUCUCACUACUGACUUUGCCAUGCAGAACGUGCUGAUUCAGAUUGGGCUCCAUGUUCUCUCUGUGAACGGGAUGGUGAUCAAACAGGCUCGAAACUACAUCCUCCGCUGCCACGCCUGCUUCAAGACGACGACUCACAUGGAGAGGGUGUUCUGUUCUCACUGUGGGAACAAAACUCUGAAGAAGUUGGCGGUGACGGUGAACGAGGACGGCUCCAUCCAGAUGCACUUCUCCAGGAACCCCAAAAUGCUCAACCCUAAAGGACUGCGGUACUCGCUACCGUUGCCUCAGGGCGGUAAACACGGAGAUAACCCUCACCUGGUGGAGGACCAGCGCUUCCCUCAGCAGAGACUCUCCCGAAAGGCACGUCAGAAAACAAACGUGUUCGACCCCGAUUACGUGGCCGGCUCUUCCCCCUUCAGCCAGAACGACAUCUACAGCCGCGCCGCCAACCUGCACCUGAGGGACAGCCAGAGCGGAGGGGGGCGCCGGAGAGCCAACCCCAACGCCUCACGCAAGAAGUUUGUCAAGAAGAAGUGAGCGACAUGUUUGGACUAAAAAACAACAUUCACUAAUUUCUUUGCCAUUUUCAAAUAACUGUAUGGACUCGGUUUAAAGGUGUAUCAUGGAACUUUUCUAGUGAUGAUGAAGGAUACAUCAUCUGUUGUAUCCAUGGAGACGUUACUGCAUAUUUGCUUUGCCCGGAUUGUUAAACAGUCUGGUAUUAAACUUAUCUGACAUUUAUUCAAUUACAGGUGUUUUUAUUGCAUUACAGAACAUGUGAGCAGGGUCACCAUUCCACAGAUCUGACCUGUAGCUUGGCCUGUUGGCUUCACCUGCUUGUCUCCGUAAGUUUAAUGCCAUAUUGUGGAACAUCCUAGGUCCAGGCGAAGCAAUAACAUUUUUAUUUUUAUUAUUUAUUCAAUAUUUUAAAGGGGUAAAUCAAUUGAGAACACCUCAUUUGCAGUGACGACCAAGAGGCAGAAUAAAACGGCACAGACUGAAUACAUUCACGUCUCUAUUCACUGUUUGAUGUUAUGUUUGAUGUGUAAGACAGUGAAGCAUUCGUCCAUCCACUUUCUUUCACUUAUCCGGGACCGGACUCCCGGAUUUCCUUCACCUUGGACAAUUCCUUCAGUUCCUCCGGAGGGACCCCGAGGCGUUUCCAGGCCAGCUGAGAGACAUAGUCCCUUCAGCAUGUCCUGGGUCUUCCCCCGGGGUCUCUCGAGGGAGGCACCCAGGAGGCAUCAGGAACAGAUGCCCGAGCCACCUCAGCUGGCUCCUCUUGACGUGGAGGAGCAGCGGCUCUACUCUGAGCUCCUCCCGUGUGAUUGAGCUCAUCACCCUAUCUCUAAGGGAGUAAAACUUAUUUCAAGUGCUUGUAUCUGCGAUCUUGUCCUUUAGGUCAUUACCCAGAGCUCAUGACCAUAGGUGAGGGGAGGAACAUAGAUUAGAGUUAAAGUAUCUCUACAGUGAAACAUUUGCAGAUUAAAGAUAUAAAAGUGUUCAUGUGCAAUGAUCCUGUAAAAUACUCUGGAUGGAGUUUUUAAAGUCAACAGAGGUAAAAAUGAACUAAGUUUUAAAACAAACCUCUCCAUGGGUACAUGCAGAGAAGUUUUAUAGCGCACCUUAAAGAUAAUCAAACUCACUCUACAAAUAUUCCUAAAAGUCGAACCUGAAUUUAUAUUAUGUUUGUUUAUCAUGAGAUUUAUUCUCAGUUGAAUUAAUCAUAAAAUGUGUUAAAAAUGUCUGAACUCAGCAAUUUGGACCUAAUGUGAAAUGUCUUUGUACUGACCCAUUGUUAUGUUCCAGAUUUGCCAAUUUAAUGCACAGAUUGGGAGUAACAACACACUGUAUUUUUCAAUGAUAGUGGUUAAAGCUGUAUUGUGUAACUUUUAUCUUUUGACGGACCCUCCACUAGAAGUCAUUGCUUUGUCUGGAAUGUUUCACAGUAUGGCAUUAAACAUUUCUGUCUUCAUGGACACACACCAGACCAAGUUACAGGUCAGAUCUGUGAAGAAGCAACUCCGCUCACAGUUAGAAUGCCUGUCUUUCUAGGUAUUUUUAAGCUGUAAAACCAAAUUGUAAUUAAAUAAAUGUAAAGUAGAGCUGUUUAAUGUCAUACUGUGGAACAUUCCAAGCAGAACUGUGUCAUAUCCACAGAAACAAGCACGUGAUGGACCCUCCACCAGAAAAGUUACACAAUACAUCUUUAAGUAUGUAACUUAAAUACACUUUAUAUUACUAUGAAUAUGAAAAUAAAAAAAUUAAAAAUACAA